GUUGACGGCUGCAGAAGAAGAACCACCAUUGUUUUGAGCUACAAUUGUUGCACAACUGUCCACGAAAAUAACGCGUUUUAACAAGAAAAUCCUCCUUCAUUCCCUUCAGAACUGCAUCAAUAAACAGAGCCUCUGUGUAUUUCAGGUUGGGCAGAAUGACGACCAAGCGCAGACUGAUCACAGACUCGUACAGAGUGGUUAAGAGAGAGAGAAGAGGAGGAAAACGAGAGAGAAGCCCUACUCCUCCUCCCACUCCAGAACAAAUAGAAAGUGCAGCUCGUCAAGAGGAUCUGCAGAAGCUCAAACAGUUUGAUCUGGAUUGGAGAUUCGGGCCAUGCACAGGUAUCAGUCGCCUGCAGAGGUGGGAGAGGGCCCAGCUCCAUGGCUUGAGUCCUCCACAAGAGAUCAAGGAGCUGCUGCUGCAAAGUGCACAAGAUGUUGAGCUCACAGACAGUUUGUGGCGUGACUAUCCGUUAUAAAGAAGACACUAAAAAUGUUUCCAUCUUCAGAUAAUGGACAAGAAUGUAACACAUGUACUACAUUGCCUAUAAUGUAAUGCAACUACAUUAUGCACAUGUAUGUGUAACUUGAGUAUAACUUGAAAUAAUGAGGCUUUGUUGAACCUUUUUAUAAUGACAUUUAAUCCUAGACUAGAUUUCAAUUAUGCCACUUUUAUCAUUGUUCUUUGCAUUUUAGAGAAAUGCAUUGCAACAGGGGUGCCCAAACGCUUUUCACCGAGGGCCACAGACCAUCUGAAUAAUCUAUUGUAUUGACCAUUAUUCAGUUAGGUGCAUUUAACAUAGUUUUGUCUUCAUACUUUAAGUAAGGCUUGAAAUAUUAAUAUUAGGUCUGUAUGACAAUGCAAUGUGAUGCUAUUUAGGUUAUAUUGGUAGGAUUAGUCAAAUUUGCCGUAAAAAGAACUCAUUAUGAUCAAUUGGGCCAGUUCAACUGAAGGCCUGAGGGCCAAUAAAAUUUGGUCUGUGGCCUGCAUUUGGCACCCCCGGGCCAUAGUUUGGACACCCCUGCAUUACAACAUCAUGAACCAUGUCUUGGUCUUUUAAUAUUUUAUCAUCUACAAUUAUACCUUUAUUUUUACAUAAAUGGCUGUUUUUAUUUUGAGUAUGUUUGGGAAAUGGUAUAAUAUUUUGUCAUUUUAUUGCUUGUUGUAUCAUUGUUUUGGUUGUGGUAUGUUGAUAUGUA